AUGAUCACCCAAACUGCUGUUCAUAACGAGGCUGAGAUGACUUCGCCUUCACGGAUUGGCUUUUGUUACGUGUGGAAUACAAAGAUCUCGAUGCGGGCUGUCUCGGAUGACGACGCUGUGAUUCUGAUCAUCUCACCAAAGUUCGCUACGGUGCACGACCACGUUUCUUUUCAGUGGAGUCUGAAAAUUCAUGGCACAACGGGAAGGGUAGACGUUCGAGCUGUAGUUCGAGUGAUGCAGAAAGACGCUAAAAACGACGACAAACCGGAGAUUGUGGAAGAA